AUGAGGUGCUUCUCAGGUGUGGCAGGUAGCAGAAUAAUUGGAGGGGUGGAGGCGCCCCCCUACUCCAUCAAGUACCAAGCGUCCCUGAAGUACUUCAACUCCCACUUUUGUGGGGGCACCCUCGUCCACCCACAGUGGGUUGUGUCUGCCGCCCACUGCUGGAGGCCGAGUCACAUGAUCAAGGUGGUCCUCAGUGAACUCCACCUGACGGGCAAGGAGGGUGUGGAGCAGAGGUUCAACGUUUCAGUCAUCGUCACUCAUCCCGACUUCCUUCACUGGACUUUCGAUAACGACAUCAUGAUGCUGAAGCUGGACCGGCCGGCCACCCUCAAUGCCCGGGUGGACGUGGCCACCCUGCCCGCACCUGACUCGCAGCCCCCGGGUGGCAGAAGCAGGUGUACGGUCAGUGGUUGGGGGGUGACCUGGGUGGGCAGUUCUAGUCUGUCACCUGUCCUCAGGUCAGUGGACGUGGACAUCUUCCCCGACUGCUGGCACUACUACAUCUUCGCCCUCACCCACAACAUGAUGUGUGCUGGCUCUGCAGGAGGCCGCAAAGACGCCUGCUUGGGUGACUCAGGAGGACCCUUGGUAUGUGACGGUCGCUUUGAGGGCAUCGUGUCUUGGGGCAUUGGCUGUGGCCACGCCUCCUUCCCUGGCGUGUACACCAAGGUCAGGAACUACCUGGGAUGGAUCAGCCGGGUCAUGGAGAAACACUGA